GAGUGGUGCUGUACAUACUCAGCUGGUCUGCUCCCAGCCCUCAGGUUCACAUUCGAAAAAGUUUCUGUCACCAUCAAGAAAGGAAUUUAAUCUUAACGACAAGUCAAGAUGGGCACUGGGGAUUAUAUCUGUGUAACCAUGAGUGGGGGAGCACCCUGGGGCUUCAGACUGCAAGGUGGCACAGGGUACCAGGAGCCUCUUCAUGUUUGCAAGGUCCGCAGUAUGAGUAAGGCCUCUAAUGCCGGAUUAUGUGAGGGAGAUGAGGUGAUCUCUAUCAAUGGGACAAAUUGCACUGACAUACCCUACUCAGAAGUUGUUGCUCUUAUUGAAAAAUCACUUGAUAUCCUGCAGAUGUUUGUGAAAAGAACAUCUAGCAAGACUGUGGCAGUGGAAAAUAAAAAUGGGGAUGAGAAUAUCAAUAAAGACGAAUACACAGAGAGUACCACAUUGCAGAUCCGUACAGGCCCAGAAUCUGUAUCCAAAGGACAUGAAAUCUCAGAAACAAACUGUCCGUCUUUCUCCUCAAGGAAAGAGUGUGGAACUGGUGUAAUGGAAGCAGGAAUAGACAAGGAGAUCAUUGUCUGCCACAAGAUAACUCCUAAAGUGAUUGAAACUUCAAAAGGCGACACCACAAUUGACAUUCCUCAGAUAAGAAGUACAGAAGAAGGACUACAAGGUGCUAUGGUAGAAUUGCAGUUGUCCCUCUCACAAGACAUGCAUUUAAAUACCAGAGGAGUACCUAUGGUGACUCUUUUAGGCGCUGACACAUCUUCUGAAGUGGAGCACAGUAUGCAAAAAAGUGAAGCUGAUGCUCCAGCAUGCCCUACUCAGAAAGAGACACCUGUGCAGAGGGCAUUUACCACAUUCCAGAUAACAGGCAAGCAGCAGGCAAAAAUCAUCCCAGUAAUUGAGACACAAGAAACAGCUUUUCCCAGGGUGGAAUUGAUCUUAGACUGCUCUGGCAGAGAAAAUAAGUCCAGAUCUUUGCCUGAUGAGGGGUGUGUUAAGUCUGUAGAGGAAGGAGGGCACUCAGAGGAACCUCCUUCUACUGUCUCCUUUGGAAUCACAGUAGAAGACCCAGAACAAGGCGAGGAGGAUCAGCAGGAUCCCAUCAGACCUAACAAACACCGGGCCAGGCACGCCAGGCUCAGACGUAGUGAGAGCGUCUCUGAAAAGCAAGUUAAAGAAGCCAAGUCUAAAUGUAAAAGUAUUGCUCUUCUCCUGACUUCUGCUCCAAACCCCAAUUCCAAGGGGGUGUUGAUGUUUAAAAAGCGCCGACAAAGGGCCAGGAAAUAUACGUUGACCAGUUACGGCACAGGGGAACUUGAGCGUUACGCAGACGAAGGAGACGAUAACGAGGAAGAAGAAAAUAAAGAGAAUACCUUUGAGGUCACCUUCUAUGGAGCUAGUGGAUCAGAUCUAGAUGAAGAUUUUUCAUCAGAUCCUGAAAACAGCUCACAUAUUGUAACAUUUGACUGGGACACUGGGCUAGUAGAGGUUGAAAGGAAACUAAAUACUGCUGAAGGAAUGGAGGAACUUCCAGAGACCAAAGGAAAGGGAGUGCUCAUGUUUGCAAAGAGGAAGGAGAGGAUGGAUCAAAUAUCAGCAGAACAAGAAGAGAUGAGGAAGCAUAGCAUUGAAGAGAAAGUUUCAUUCACAGAGAAUGUAAAUAACACAAUUACAUAUCAGGCAGAGCAGCAACAGAAAACCAUUAAGACCCAGAGCUGUGUAAGCAAGAGUUAUAUAGAAGUCAGCAACAGCCAGCAACAAGUGCAGAAUGGCAUUGCUGGAGCAAAUGAGUCAAACAGUUCAUUUCAGUCUUCUUUAAACAGAACAGCUAGACCCUUUAGUGGGGCUCAAAAUCAGACAGCUCUGCUGUUUUCUCCUACCCGAAAUAUAGCAAGCCCUAUGUCAGAUGUACCUGCACCACCUCCUUAUUCUUCAGUCACUCCACCUCCUGAACCAAGAUUUCAAGUGUCUUCACCAGGGCCUAAUAAAGCCCAGGCAGCUGUUUGGGCUCCAUCCUAUCCUACAGAACAAAUUGCUUCUAGAGAUGAAAGAAUUGCAGUUCCAGCAAGCCAAACAGGGAUAUUAUUGGAAGCCAAACGUAGAAGCACAAAACCUAUGUUCACCUUUAAAGAGCAGCCAAAAGUAAGUCCAAAUCCAGAGCUUCUAACACUUGUUCAGAACAGAGAAGUUAAACGUGGUACUGGUAAUGAGUCAGGACCUGAAGAAGACUACCUCAGUCUUGGAGCAGAGGCAUGUAAUUUUAUGCAAGUUCACAGUGGCAAGCAAAAAACACCUCCACCUGUUGCCCCCAAACCAUCAGUCAAGUCACCAACUACAGUGAUGCCAACAUCACCAGUAUGGACUCCACCACCUGCUGCUUCUGCGCAGCAACCUUUUGCAGUCCAGAACACAUUUCAAAGUCAAGUUCCUGCAGAAACCGCUGUGGCACACUCAAAUUUUCAUUACAAUCCUCCAAACACUCUAAAUGUAUCUAGUCCCCCAAGAGGUCCACCCAAGGUAUCUACAAGUUUAAGCCAAAUAUCUAAACCUAAAACACCACCUACUACUCCUUCAGGGCCAGCCUAUGAGAUGCCAGCUUUAAAAGGAAAAGGAGCAGAACUGUUUGCCAGGAGACAAUCUCGGAUGGAAAAAUUUGUGGUAGAUUCAACCACUGUGCAAGAAAAGGCAGCUCGACCAAUCUCUCCGACUCCAUCAUUACCAUGUUCUUGGAAAUAUUCAUCUAAUGUCCGAGCUCCGCCUCCAUUAGCAUACAAUCCAAUCCAAUCACCACUUUAUCCUACAGCUGCAAGCAAACCUGGAUCCAAGCCUGGAUCCUUAGCUGCCAAGAAAAAGCCAAAAAAAGCACUGAGCUCUCUUGAAGUAAUGAAACACCAGCCAUAUCAGCUUAACUCUUCAUUAUUUACAUUUCAACCACCUUCUCAAAGUACAUCAGAUACAGAAAUAUCUAAGAAGACCACCAAGUCAAACGUUCCUCCUCCAGCAAAGCAAGCUCAACCUGCAAAGCCUUUCAAUGCUCCUUACAUUAAUGCCCAGCCAACACCUGAAUAUUGUCAGCCAGCGUACAACACACAACCUUCCUUCCAGUCGAGUGUCUUCACUCCUACCAGCGACUCCUACCCUUCAGUGGCCUAUGCCAUGCAGCCUAGACAAGAAUCACCAGUAGCAACACUGAUUGCUCCUCCGAGGCCGAAAUUUUCUGCAAAGAAAGCUGGUGUUACUGCCCAGGAAAAAGAUGGAAGACCCAUAUCCUUCCCUGCCAGAAGUUUUUCAUCAGCCAGUUCACAGCCAUUUGGUUCUCUGUUAUCUCCAACACUUUUUGAGCCUGCAUCUGGUUACUUUGGCAAAUCAGCAGCAACACCUGAAACACCGGGCAAGAGAUUAACUCCAUGGGAAGCAGCAACAAAAUCUCCAUUGGGGUUUGUGGAUGAUGCAUUCUUGCCACAAACUAUACAUGAAUCUGUAUCUGCCAAUGUAGUGUCUGCUGCACGUCGAAAGACUCUACCAGAGCCUCCAGCAGCAUUUAAGUCCACCUUCACUCUGCCACCUACUAAUAGUGCUAACGUCUAUAGGAGUAGACCUAGCAUUUCAACCAUACCAAAGAAUGUAGUGUCUCCACCUUCUAUGCAAUGCGGUUUUCAGCUCAGGUAUCCUUAUUCCAGUUCACAUUGUAUGGCAAAUGCAGGUUCUGUACCGUUGGAAACAAGGUCAGAAUAUUGCAUGUCUACAGGGCGCAAUCCAAACUUUAAUCCUUAUCCUAGGGCAUGGAGGAGCUGAAUGUCAAGUAUAAAUAUACAGUUGUGCAAAUGGCUCACAAGUUAUAAUGGUCGUCCAAAGUUUUGGACUUCAUGUGGGCUUCUAGUGAACCAGGAGUUCAUGUGAAACUAUCACUUAAUCUUUUUGAGAUCACAGAGAUUUAGAAAUGCACGAUUUCAGAUGUCAGAUUUUCCAAAAAUGCUUCAUAAGGCUUAUAUACAGUACUCAGAAAUUCAGCAUCUACGGACAAAUCACAAAAUAUGGUGAGUAAACCACCAUUAAAAUUGAUGCUUUGAGUUAAAUAAAAAGAAGGCAAAAUGCAGCAGGCCGUUUUCCCUGUGUUAUUUCUCAAACAGCUUGCUCCAUGAUGCUGAAGGCUAUUCCUCCAAACCUUAAGCCUGUGUGAAGGAGCCCAGCUAAAAAGCUCUCUGGAGUAAAAGCGAAUCUUCGGAUAGGGUAUCUAGGACACAUGGCCCCAUUGUCUGCAUAUGGGAUUUCACAGGUGCACUGCCCAGUUGUCCAGCCUCUCCGUCUUCUAUGAUGCCAUUUUGAAAAACACUUUCACGUACUGCAACCAUAAUGAGAAGUUUGUUUGAAAGAUAGCAUGGGUAUAUGAUAAAGAUUAAAAAGGGAACUGGAAGAAAAAUUGGAUGCAUGUGAUUCAGAAGACUAGAAAGUGAGAAUAUUGUGAGGUUUUAAAAUAGUAUGUGAAUCCGAGCUGCCAAAAAAUGAAAGUGACUGAUGAAAGCGAGGGAUGUUAGACACACAUAAUAGAUUAAUGAUAGUUUAAUAUUACAGAAACUGCAUUAGGGAGACCAAUGUCCAGUUUCUAUAGGUAUAUAUACUCUACGAUGCACCAUUACUACAGUGUUCUACCCAGUACACCCUUGGGCACAUUUGUAAAAGGUUGUUCAGGUCAAUAUUUUCCCACCAAAAUAUUGAGUGGAUUUUAUUGAAAAUACAGUUCUGUUCCAAAAAUUCUCUGCAACAUUUUUAAUGGCGAUCUUUUAGAAAUACAUGCUGGAUAA